CCAUUGAUCCCCCCCAAACUGGUUCCCCUCCCUGUCCCAGUUCUGUCCAUGGUGAGAGGGAACCCCCACACUGAUGCCCACAAUCCCUUCCAGUACGACUGGCAUCACCUGCGCGUGGCCGGGCUGGGCGUGGCCGCCGUCCUGUGUGUCCUGGGCUUCGUCAUCCUGCUCAGUGGGAAGUGCAAGUGCCGGAGCAAGGCCAGGAGCCACCAGCACGUGCUGAGGUGUCCCCAAGUGUCCCCGAGUGUCCCCAAGUGCAGCGACACAUGGAGAGGGGACGGGCAGGUUUAUUUUGGGGUGAAACCCCCCCAAAACAGCCCAACAAAUGGGGAAAAUGAAUAAAAAAAGGU